AUGCCUGAAAGAGUCAUUAUGGGUGUCAUUGAAGAAGAUGGCUCUUAUCAUUGUUUACCCGGCACUCCCGAUGGUGUAUUACCUGGCUGUAUGCCAAUGAAUUUCGACGUUUGGGGCUAUACCAUUGGUGCUUAUGCUGUCGGUGGUUUCUUUGGUAGUAUUGCUAGUAAAUACUUCAAUGUCUGGUUUGGUCGUCGUGAUAACAUUAUGAUGUCUUGCGGUUGGAUGAUUGCAGGUGGUAUUUUAUCGGCUUGUGCAGUCAACUUGACCAUGUACGCUUUUGGUCGUGCUUUGGUCGGUAUCGCAGCUGGUAUGUGUGGUUCUUCUGUUGCUAUCUACGUUUCUGAAAUCUCUACCAACAAAUCGCGCGGGGCGCUUGGUUCUCUUUUCGAAUUGUUCUUGAAUCUGGGUAUUCUCUUGACACAGAUCGCCGGUCGUUCCAUGGCUUAUGCUCCUGCCUGGCGUGCACUCUGGGCUAUUCCUACCAUCAUUGCUGCUAUUCAAUUGGCCUGUAUGUUCUUCUUGACCGUCGAAUGUCCUCGUCGUCUCUGUGCCAAUCAAAAAUACGACGAAGCCUAUGCUGCUUUGCAAAGAUUGCGUGGCAAAGAUGUCGAUAUUGAAGAAGAAUACCAAGGCAUGCUCGCUGCUCGUCAACGUGAAUUGGACAGCCAACAAAAGCAAAUGACCAUCUGGGAUAUCAUCUCCUGCAAGGACAGACACGUGAGCUGGAACACAGUGAUUGUCAUGGUCAUUCAAGCCUUCAACCAAGUCGGUGGUAUCGGUCCCAUGUCCGUCUACUCUGUUGGUUUCUUUACUCAAAUCUUUGGUGAUGCUACGCUUGCCUCCAACAUCUCCUUGGCCGAUGCUGCUGUCAAUAUCGGCGCUACCUUGGUUUCUGUCGUCUUCAUGCACAAGGUGGGUCGUAAGGGUUUCAUGAUGAUUUCCACCGGUGGUACCUGUAUUGCCUGUAUCUUCAUGGUCCUUGGUUCUAGCUUGAAGAACUCCAGCGGAGGUCAAGGUAUUGGUGGUUUGGCCAUUGCUGCUGCCAUUAUCUUUACCGGUUCCUACAGUAUGGGUUGUGGUGUCAUUCCUUGGAUGAUUGCUCCUGAAUUAUUGCCCAUGCACGCUUUGGCCUCUGGUUCUGCUUUGGGUGGUGCUUCUAACUGGUUCUUUAACUUCCUUAUCAACACGAUCUGGCCUCAAAUGAAUGCUGGUUUGGGUACUUACUCUUUCAUUGUGUUUGUCGCCAUCAACUUGUUUGGUUUCCUCUUUGUCACUUUCUUCAUGCCCGAAACUACCGGUAAGGAUCUUGAUGAUCACGAUAAGAAGAAGACAGAGGAUGUUGAAGAUGGUACUGGCAGUAGCUCUGAUGCUAGUCAUCAAGGAGACAAUAAGGACGAAGAAAAGAGCCAUCAUUAUUCUCACAUUGAAGUAGCUCAAUAA